AUGAGUGGGGGCAAGAAGAAGAGCAGUUUCCAAAUCACCAGCGUCACCACGGACUAUGAGGGCCCAGUGAGCCCCGGGGAUGCAGAGCCUCCUACCCCCCCAGCUCCCAUCAGGCCCCCACCCCGAUUACCCAAUGGGGAGCCCAGUCCUGAGCCAGGAGGCAAGGGUACUCCCCGGAAUGGCUCCCCACCGCCUGGGGCCCAAGGGGCCCCUGCUUCCCGUUUCCGGGUGGUGAAGCUGCCCCAGGGCCUGGGAGAGCCUUAUCGUAGAGGUCGGUGGACAUGUGUGGAUGUUUACGAGAGAGACCUGGAGACCCCCAACUUUGGCCGGCUCCUGGAGGGAAUUCGAGGAGCCUCAGGGGGAACUGGGGGCAGGUCAUUGGAUUCUAGGUUAGAGCUUACUAGCUUGGGCCUGGGUGCCCCCACUCCACAGCCGGGCCUGUCUCAGGGCCCCACCACCUGGCUCCGUCCGCCCCCCACCUCACCUGGACCUCAGGCUCGCUCCUUGACCGGGGGGCUGGGCCAGAUGGCUGUACUUGGCAAGGCCAAAGUGGAGAUGCCCCCCUUGUCAGCCUCCCUACCCCAGCAGCACCCUCCAGAGCCUGGGACGGGAGAGAGUGAGGGCACAUCUUGGACCUCUACACCCCUGCCCUCUCUGAGGGUAGAAGUGGAGCCAAGGCACCCCGCGGCUGGGACUCCUCCACUUUCCCGAAGGAAGGAUGGCACCCUGCAGCUGAUGGAGUUGGUGGCACCAGAGGAGACAGGACAGGUGCUGCCCCUCAACUCCCACCCCAGCUCUCCAGGCCUCUACUUCUUCCCUGAUGCCAGCUUAGUUCACAAGUCUCCGGACCCCUUUGGAGCAGCAGCUGCCCAGAGCUUCAAUCUGGCACGCUCCAUGCUGGCCAUCAGUGGCCACUUGGACAGUGAUGAUGACAGCGGUUCCGGAAGCCUGGUUGGCAUUGACAACAAGAUCGAACAAGCCAUGGACUUAGUGAAGUCCCACCUCAUGUUUGCGGUCCGGGAGGAGGUGGAGGUGCUGAAGGAGCAGAUCCGGGAGCUGGCUGAGCGGAACGCAGCGCUGGAGCAGGAGAACGGACUGCUGCGUGCUCUGGCCAGCCCAGAGCAGCUGGCCCAGCUGCCCUCCUCAGGAGUCCCUCGGCUCGGGCCCCCUGCACCCAACGGGCCCUCUGUCUGA